CUUUGCCUCCUACUUUUUUUUUUAGUUGGGACCUGGGAGAGGAAAAUCUCGCUAGGGUCGUGGGGCGGAAUAAAAUAGCAAGCAGAGUUCGAACGCUUAAAAUGCUUCAUGUUGCUCUUCGGUCGUCUAAAAUGCAAGUGGGCGUGCUUUCCCACUGGAUUUAACGCAGGCGAUUCGGUGGUGUAGUGUGACCCUCCAUCACUCCCAGCAUGCUGAGUUUCCUGCGCAGGACAUUGGGGCGACGCUCCAUCCGCAAACAUGCUGAAAAAACGCGGCUACGGGAGGCCCAGCGUGCUACAACGCACAUCCCAGCUGCUGGAGAUGCCAAGUCCAUCAUCACUUGCCGAGUCUCCUUGUUGGACGGGACCGAUGUCAGCGUCGACCUGCCGAAAAAAGCCAAAGGUGAGGAGCUGUUUGACCAGAUCAUGUAUCAUCUAGACAUAGUAGAAAAGGACUACUUUGGACUACGCUUCAUGGACUCUGCACAAGUUCCGCACUGGCUUGACGUUACAAAAAGUAUAAAAAAGCAAGUGAAAAUUGGCCCGCCAUACUGCCUUCACAUGAGAGUUAAGUUCUACUCCUCCGAGCCAAACAACCUGCACGAGGAGCUUACCAGAUACCUUUUUGUGUUGCAGUUGAAACAAGAUAUCCUCAGUGGAAAGCUAGAAUGCCCAUUUGAGACAGCAGUGGAAUUGGCUGCCUUCUCGCUACAGGCGGAACUAGGUGAUUGUGACCCACUAGAACACAGUCUGGAUCUUGUAUCAGAAUUCAGAUUUAUCCCCGAACAGACUGAGGAUGUGGAACUGGCUAUAUACAACAUGUGGAAGGAGUGCAGAGGUCAAACACCGGCACAGGCUGAGAUCAACUACUUGAAUAAAGCAAAAUGGCUGGAAAUGUAUGGUGUGGACAUGCAUAUGGUUCAGGCACGAGAUGGUAAUGAGUACAGUCUGGGUUUGACACCCACUGGUGUUUUGGUGUUUGAGGGACAAACCAAGAUUGGCCUCUUUUUCUGGCCAAAGAUCACUCGCCUGGAUUUCAAAAAGAGCAAGCUGACUCUGGUGGUUGUGGAGGAUGAUGACCAGGGCAAAGAGCAGGAGCACACCUUUGUCUUCAGAAUGGACCACCCGAAGGCCUGUAAGCACCUCUGGAAGUGUGCUGUGGAACAUCAUGCCUUUUUCCGGCUGAGAGGGCCAGUACAAAAGAACUCUGCACGCUCCGGCUUCAUCCGCAUGGGAUCACGCUUCAGAUACAGUGGAAACACAGAGUACCAGACAACAAAGUCCAAUAAAGCCCGCCGCUCAGCCUCCUUUGAGAGGCGGCCUAGUCGACGCUACUCUAGAAGAACAAUGCACAACAGAGGACCCUUCCAUCCUCAGGAGGUUCUUUCAUCGGGCAAUGGAGUCAACUCCAGCAAAGACAAGCAUGUUUCUGCCAGUCGAGGCGCCUGGUCGGGUGCACCGGUUGUGAACGUUGCGCCUGCUUCUGUUUGUGGUCCGUUGGAAAUAGAGCCUCUUCCCAGAAGUCCUGGAGGGGAAAAGAGAAGUUUGCCCCUGGCUGAUGACCUGAUCGAGACGUGCAUCGAUGACGUCCUAAGGACUCCUGCACCUCUCGCCGCUCCCACCGCGAAGGCUAUUGAGGACGCGGGUCCAAGUAUGGUCUAUUCCCCUUCUGGUGCCACUGGCGAAGAAUUACUCAGCCUCACCGAAACAGCAGCGCGUCUGAAGCAGCUCGAGUUGGAGAGCAGUCCGCGUUUGACCAGGAAUAAUGUCAACAUCAAUAUGGUCAUGAAUAAUCAGGAGGACAUUGUGAAGCUCAGAGAGAAAUGCUGUCUGAACAGUGCAGGAAGUAGUCCUGUUGUCACACCACUGCGAACCCCAGGAGACCUGAAGAGUAACAUCCUCAAAGCGCAAGCUGAGGCCACAACGCUCAAGGUUGGUUUGGAGGAACAUGUCACAAUGAUGGGAGAUAAGAACUGCAAUCUGCAGGAAACCUCCUUCAGGUUGAAGUCACGCACCAGCCGAAUGGGCAGUAACUCAUCUCUGUCUGUUAGCAGUCGCCCUGACAUACAAGACUCAUGGGAGCUGCUCAAGUCUUCUUCGAUGGUGUCAUCAGCAGGCACCAGUGCUGAGAGGUUAGCUGAAGAUUUAAACCCUCUUCCACUCAAGUUGCCCUCAGAUCCCGUUGUUGAAGGCACCACACUCAAGGUUAAGGGAGAGGAAGUUGAUGUUCCAAACACGACCCCACCUCUGCCUGAUAAUUUGAUUGACUUCACUGACCCAAUCCCUACUUUGCCCCCUGUGCAGUCACCAAAAGCUUCUAUCACCCCUCGCUGGAUCAUUCCUACAGCUGCUCCUCCUGGUAUCUUUACUAACGGCCUGCUCGACCUUGAGCCCCCUACUAAGGUCGAUGCUCUUCCCCCCGCGGAUGGGGGUGCGGCUCUCACCUCAGCCCUCCCUUAUGCCGCUCACACAUUUCACAGCAACUCAGUGAGCAUUAUGGGUCAGCAGGCAGCCUCGGAGGAAGGAGUCACACCGAGAGGUCUCUUGACCACUGAGCUCUAACAGCCACAAAGGAGCUGGGCCAGCAACACAGCAUGCAGUUUCAAGUAACAACACACUCACAUUAACAAACUAUCAGACUGGAUUAGGAGAAAAAGUAUUUUCAUCAUAACCUCACAUAAGGCUUAGUUUGAGCUUAAAAAAACAAAACACUGUAGUCCAUCAUCCAAGUAACGAUUGGUUCCAUCCAUUUUGAUCCUGACAAGCAUCAAACAGUCUUUUUUUUUUUGUGACAUUUUUAUUUUCAUGUAAUGCAUUCCACUGGACUGAAAUUGCACUGACUGUUGGAGUAUACGUUGGACUGUAAAUGGAAGAAAGACAAUCAGCAUGUUAUUUGAAGCGAGAACAACUGGACUUUUUUGAUAUCUGGAAUAGGAUUCUAUACAUUCCUUGAGCUGCCAUUUGGAUUUUUUUUUUUCAAGUGUCACUGGAUUACUUUUGCGCUACUGGAGCAUUUGACACGGGCAUGGAUGAGGAUCAUGCUUACAGAUUUUUUUUUUUUAUAUAACUUUUUUUGGUUUUUUUUUUUUUUUUAAUAUGCUGUAUCACACUGUUUUUACAUCGUGGUAUCAACAUUGCGCUCUCGUUUGACCCUGAAUGAUUAACCCAACCAACCCAAUAAUGUGAGGUUUUAUUGUUUUGACUGAAUGUGAUACUGUCCAUGAUUUCCCCUUGGAUUUCCAUUUUUUUGUUGUCAAUUAAUUCUUUAUUUUAUUUUUCUUAAUUGAGGAAUGUAAUUUGUCAGUCGCGUUGAGCUGUAAAAUGCCAACCCUGCUCUCCGGAGGACAUGUUGGAGUUUCACAGAGCAAAUUGCAGAUAUGCGGGAACAUGUAGUUGGGAAAAAAAAAUUGUGCUAUAUUACUGUCUCAAUUUGAGACUGUUCUACAUUUCUCCAAAAAUAAUAAUAUUCAAGAGAC